CAUGAAUAUGAAACCAUGUGUCUAAUAAUAACGCGUGCGUGCGUGUGUGUGUGUGUUUUCUCAGAUCUGAAGAGAGAGGCCAGUAUCUGCCACAUGCUGAAACAUCCCCACAUUGUGGAGCUGCUGGAGACGUACAGCUCAGAUGGGAUGCUCUACAUGGUGUUUGAGUUUAUGGAUGGAGCAGAUCUGUGUUUUGAGAUUGUCAAAAGAGCAGAUGCUGGAUUUGUCUACAGUGAAGCUGUGGCCAGUCACUACAUGAGGCAGAUCCUUGAAGCACUGCGGUAUUGCCAUGACAAUAACGUCAUCCACAGGGACGUGAAGCCUCACUGCGUCUUGCUGGCCUCCAAAGAAAACUCAGCUCCGGUGAAGCUCGGUGGGUUUGGAGUGGCCAUCCAGCUGGGGGAGUCGGGACUGGUAGCAGGAGGUCGGGUAGGAACACCGCACUUUAUGGCUCCGGAGGUUGUGAAACGAGAACCGUACGGUAAACCGGUGGAUGUCUGGGGCUGUGGCGUCAUCCUCUUCAUCCUGAUGUCAGGGUGUUUGCCCUUCUACGGCACCAGGGAAAUGCUGUUUGAAAAUAUCUGUAGAGGCAAACACAAGAUGAAUCCUCGCCAGUGGAACCAGAUCUCUGAAAGCGCUAAAGAUCUGAUAAGAAGAAUGUUGAUGUUGGAUCCUGCGGAGAGAAUCACCGUCUACGAAGCUCUCAAUCAUCCAUGGUUGAAGGAGAGAGACAGAUAUGCCUACAAGAUCCAUCUGCCCGAGACGGUGGAGCAGCUGAGGAAGUUUAACGCCCGCAGGAAACUUAAGGGGGCAGUAUUGGCUGCAGUGUCCAGUCACAAGUUUAACGCGUACUAUGGUGACCCUCCAGAGGAAGUGCACGACUUCUCCGGCGAGCCUACAUCCUCAGGUGCAGUGUCUCAGGUCUUGGACAGUCUAGAGGAGAUCCACGCUUUGACAGACUGCAGCGAGAAAGAUCUGGAUUUCCUCCACAGUGUUUUCCAGGACCAGCAUCUCCACACACUACUGGAUCUCUAUGAUAAAAUCAACAGCAGGACAUCACCACAAAUCAGGAACCAGGCCAGCGACAGUGUUCAGAGAGCCAAAGAGGUUCUGGAGGAAAUCUCCUGUUACCCAGAAAUCCACGAGGUUAAAGAACUUCGACGAAUCCUGGUGCAGCCACACUUUAUGGCUCUGCUUCAGGCUCACGAUGUUGUGGCCCACGAAGUUUACAGCGACGAGGCACUCAGAGUGACGCCGCCGCCGACCUCCCCCUACGUCAACGGGGACUCCCCUGAUAGCACUGUCGGAGACAUAGACCUGGAGAAUGUCACCAGAGUCCGUCUGGUACAGUUUCAGAAGAACACCGAGGAGCCAAUGGGCAUCACACUGAAGAUGAAUGACACAAACCACUGCAGCGUAGCACGGAUAAUGCAUGGUGGAAUGAUCCACAGACAAGGAACGUUGCACGUGGGUGAUGAAAUAAAGGAAAUCAACGGCAUCAGUGUGGCAAACCAGACCGUGGAGCAACUACAGAAGAUGCUGAGAGAGAUGCGAGGCAGCAUCACCUUUAAAAUUGUGCCAAGUUAUCGAACGCAGGGCUCCUGUGAGAGAGACUCCCCCACCAUCUCAAGACAGUCCCCGGCCAAUGGCCACUCCAGUGUUAGCAAUUCAAUUUUGGACUUGCAGUCAUCGUUCCAGCCUCAAGGUCGACAGGUGAAAAAGUUGUCUUUUAUGUCCCGGUUUCUGUUACAUCUGUUUAAACAGGAGGUGGAAAAGAAGAGUUGUAAAAAAAAAAAAGUACAAGUAUCUUGUGUGUGUGUGUUCGUCCUCAGGAGAGUAGCCUGUAUGGCCAUGGAGAAGACAAAGUCGGAGCAACAGACCAGCUGCACCUGGUUUGGAAAGAAGAAGAAACUGAACAAAGAUAAAUAUCUGGCCAAACACAAUGCAGUGUUCGAUCAACUAGAUCUGGUCACGUACGAGGAGGUGGUGAAACUCCCAGCGUUUCAGAGAAAAACACUUGUGUUGUUAGGAGCCCACGGCGUCGGCCGAAGGCACAUCAAGAACACGCUCAUCACUAAGCAGCCCGACAGAUUUGCGUACCCCAUCCCACACACCACCAGACCUCCAAAGAAAGAUGAGGAGAAUGGGAAAAACUACUACUUUGUUAGCCACAAUCAGAUGAUGCAGGACAUCAGCAACAACGAGUAUUUGGAGUACGGCAGCCACGAGGACGCCAUGUAUGGCACGCGACUGGAGACGAUACGCAAGAUCCAUCAGCAGGGACUGCUGGCCAUACUGGACGUAGAACCACAGGCACUGAAGGUCCUGCGAACUGCGGAGUUUGCGCCGUACGUUGUCUUCAUCGCUGCACCGACGAUUACACCGGGGAUCACUGAGGACGAGUCCCUGCAGCAACUUCAAAAAGAGUCCGACAUCCUACAGAAAACAUAUGCUCACUACUUUGACCAAACCAUUAUCAACAACGAGAUUGAUGAGACAAUCAGGCUCCUGGAGGAGGCCAUGGAUCUAGUCUGCACCAUCAGCCAAUGGGUUCCUGUGUCCUGGGUUUACUGAUCCGCCUGACCUUCAUUUUCUUCCAAGCCUCAACUUCACAGCAAAAAAGAAAAAAAAGACUAUUAUAAUCCAUCCUUCAGGGCGAAAAAUUCAAAAUAAACUUUUAAAAAUAUACAUCUCCUGCAGGUGGAAUAGAACUGGAAACGUUUACAUUUAAAAAAAAAAAAAAAAUUGACCUCUGGGCCAUGACCUUGUCAUAGUGUUGUGCAAAAAAUGUGAAAAGAAACUGUGGUGUUUGUACUAGCUAGGAGGAUCCAUUUAUUUGUCUUUGUUUCUUUUAAAGAGACAGUACUGUAUUUAGAUUUGUGUUGUUUAAAUAAUCACAAACUCUAAAAUCUAACAGAUAUCAUUUCAUGGAUAGAUCACAGACGUAUAAAAAAAAAAUUCUGUAGUAAGAUUCUUUUUGGUUGAAAUUAUUGUCAAUAGAUUAAAAUGUACAACAAGUUUGGGAGAAUUGUACAAAUGUGUUGCCUCGAGCCCUUGCCCUGUCUGAAAUGGUGACAUCUGCUGGUAAUACUGCAGAAAUGAAACAUGUUUCGUUACUCAACAUUUACUGCAAAUUAAGCUAAAACAAAGCCAAAAAUGGUAUUGUGUUUGAAAUACCUAUUUUUGACAGAUUGAAGGGAUGUCGUCAUCCAAUCAUAUCGUGACUUUUUAAUACAUUGAUACUCCCAACGGUACGAUAUUUAAUGGGAUACUGCGGGGGGGGAAAUGAGUUAACCAUUGUGUUCAGGCUUGUAAAUAGGCAUUGGAUGAUAAAACGAAAUACAUUUUCUGUCGAAAUUUAACAGCCGAAAAUAGUUAUGUAACACUGUUACAAUAAUUACAAUAAAAUGGUCAGUUAUGGACCACAUUGGGGUAACACUAACCUAGCUAGACUUGACUUGAGUUGUUUUCAAACAACUAGGAACGUCUAGGUAAAAUUUCCAUCUUAAAGGAAAUGAAUUAACUUUUUUUUUUAAAAGCAGGCUACUGGCCCCAAACAUGCGACUAAUACUUAUUUCCGCAGAAGGUCUACGAAUUACUAUGAUUGCAACAAACACUUUAUAAGACGGUAUAUAUA